AUGUUAUAUCUCACCUGGAAUUCAGUGGAACGGUAUUGGUGGAGCGCGAGAGGGUAUUGCGACGGAGCACAGCGAACUCCCGCAGAACACUCUGGAUAUGGAAUCGCUUCCUGGCUACCUGAGAUUUCUCGAUUGUGCCGGGAUUGUCGGCACAUGACGGGGGGAGGGAGAGCAGGAUCACGAGGGGCAAACCAAGGAUCUUAAGGGACUUUUUAAAAGGAGAACGACGAAAAUGGCGAAACUGCCCUAACGAAAUGAGAGGAGGAUUGGUAACACGACGGAAAAACUGUGACCCCCGGGAAACAAUUUUGCAGGGAGCAGGGGGGUUUGCUCCUUUUCUUGUCAUGCAACUUUCUCUCCAAAGUGUCGCCCAACACAAAUAACUAUCCAUAAACUAAAUGGUAAAGUCAGGGGCAUCUAGGUCAAAACGAAGUCAUUCUUCUACCCUAUUGUGGCGCACCACACUUAUCCCAUAGUCCCCGUUCCAUCCCUUUGAUGGUCACCCGCUAGGCCCUCUAGGAACAUGAUUUUCUUCCGGUGGAUACUUGUUUUCCCUACGUGGAUGUGCUAUUCCGAGGUGCAUCUCGGAAACCCUUACCCGACCAAGCAAAUCAAUAACCUGAGCAUGUCGGCCGGAAUCCAGCAUCUCCGGCGGAGGAUAAUAUCCAACGCUUCUGGUCCCGCCCCCCCCCCCACCAGUCACCACUGGAUGACAUGGAUGCUCAGGCAGCAUAGCGAGGGCAGAGAUGGUCAGGGCCGCAGAGCCUAUCUCCAUAUAUCUUUGCCCAGGGUCGCCAACUUGUAACUUUGCUUGCUACCCUGUCAGGGGGCAUGGUGAC